AUGGCUUCUAGGAAAAUCAAAUCUGAACCUUCGACAAUCGAGGCCGCCAAGGCCUACGACCAUGCUGCCUUCAGGCUCUACAGCUCAAAGGUCAUCCUCAACUUCCCGCUCAAAGCAGGCGCGAUGGACGCCACCGCCGAUGCCGAAGGCGAAAGGAAGCGGCGGUGCGAGGAGGAGGAGGUAGAGGAAGUGAAGUUGAUGGUGAAGAAGGAGAAAACGACAGAACAGAAGGUGAACCCUAAUUUGGGUUUAAUAGGUUUAGAUGUCCCUAUUUCUGCGGGUUUGUUCCAAUUGGGUCCUCGUAUUCUGGAAGUGCUCAAUUAG